AUGGCGGACGGCGAUGUGGCGCCGGCAGUGGCGGCCAUGGCUGCGGCGGAGGCGAGGAGGAGGAGGAGGGACAAGGCGGAGCGGGUGGCGCUGCCGGCCGGCAUGGUGCUGGUGCAGCUUCUGACGGUGGGCACCAUGCUGCUGUCGAAGGUGGCCAUGAACCGCGGGAUGCACCCCCUGGUCCUGCUCGUCUACCGCAACCUCGUCGCCGCCGUCGCCGUCGCCCCCCUCGCCGCCGUCUUCGAGAGGGAGAUGUGGAAGAAGGUGAACCUCACCGUGCUGGGCUGGAUCUCCAUCAACGCUAUGUUCGGAGUUUUGCUUGCGAUGGGGCUGUACUACUGGGGGCUGCGGGACACCAGCGCCGCCUACGCCGUCGACUUCCUCAACCUCAUCCCCGUGGCCACCUUCCUCAUCGCCGUCGUGCUGCGGGCCGAGCGCCUCUCCCUCUCCCACUGGCCCGGCAGGAUGAAGCUCCUGGGCGCAGCGGUGGGCGUCGCCGGCACCAUGGUGGUCAGCUUCUUCAAGGGCACUCGUCUCCCGCUGCCGCACCUCCACUUCCACGACCACGCCCACGGCGGCGCGCCGACCGCCGCGCCACACGGCACCCGCGACAUGGCCGCCGGCACGCUGUGCCUGUGCGGGAGCUGCGUAAGCUACGCGCUCUGGUUCGUCGUGCAGGCCAGGGUCGCCAAGGUGUUCCCGUCCCGGUACUGGGCCACCGCGCUCACAUGCGCCGCGGGCAGCCUGCAGUCCGCCGCGGCCGCCGCCGUGGCGUUCGCCCUCACCCCCACCGGCGACAGACAUGGCUGGGCGGCGGAGUGGAGGCUGGGGUGGGACCUGCGCCUGGUCACGGUGGUGUACUCCGGGGUGUUCAACACGGGCGCCACGUUCGUGCUCGUGUCGUGGGCGGUGGCGCGCCGCGGGCCGGUGUACCCGCCCAUGUUCAACUCGCUAUCGCUGGUGGUCACCGCCGCCGUCGACGCCGUGUUUCUCGGCACCGACCUCUACCUCGGCGGUGUUCUCGGGGCGGCGCUCGUCGUCGUAGGCCUCUACGCGUUCCUGUGGGGCAAGCGCAAGGAGCUCACCGCUGCCGCCAAAGGGGACGACCGCGAGCAGGGGCUGCGGCGAGGACACACCGACGAUGGCGUCGCCUAG